CUCGCACUCACUCUAUACCUUCCCCCCCUCCUCCCUCCCUUCGAAUCAGCCACCGCGUUCGGGCCUAACGGACAGAGAACGCCGAACCCGAGGCGCGCGGGACAAGCCGCCACCGUUCUGAAGGAAAAGCUGCUAAUGAUUAUUCAGUCAUGGAAGAAGAUGUAGCAGAGCUCGAACUGCAGACAGCAGAGCCACAUGCGUUUUUUCAUGCUGCAGGGUCUGGUGAGCCUCAUCUUAAUGGUAACGAAAUAAUUGUGGAGAUCCAGGAGACUGUCUUUGUGUCUGAUGGCGAUGGUGGUAUGGCGGUGCAGGGCUUUUCUGAUGAUCCAGAAUCGGUGGUAAUCCAGGACGUUAUUGAAGAUGUGGUAAUUGAGGAUGUCCACUGUGCAGACAUCAUAGAAGGAUCCCGAGUGACAGAGACUGUCAUAAUCCCUGAGCAGGUCCUAGAGGAUGAGGUAGAUACGGCUAUAGAGGAGCAAGAGCUGGAAGAGGAUGAAUUAACGCACUGUGAUGUUCCAGAAAGUGUACUGGACUCUGAUCUGGUUGAAAGCACGUUAGCGCCUUCUAGCACAGAGAGUGUUCAUUCGGUCUCUGAACAAGUGGAAGAAGAGAUUGCGGAGGCCGGACUUGGGGAGGACAUGAUUUCAGGGGAAGUUCUGGUAGCAGACUGUUCAUCAGAGGCAGUAAUUGAUGCCAAUGGGAUACCCAUACAGGGACACGAUGGUGAGGAAGUGAAUUGCGAUGACUACCUCAUGAUCUCAUUGGAUGAUGCAGAGAAGAUUGAUGAAGAUUGUACAGAUGAAAUGGCUAUGGGGGAAGAAGUCGAUGGUGACCCCAGCAAGCUGGAUGGGUCAUGUCCAGAAGUCAUCAAGGUGUACAUCUUUAAGGCUGAUCCCGGUGAGGAAGAUUUAGGAGGCACGGUAGACAUUGUAGAGAGCGAGUCUGAGAAUGAUCAUGGAGAUGGACUUCUUGAUGCCCAUGCUGGAGGACGCCUGCCUCGUGAAAAAAUGGUUUAUAUGGCUGUGAAUGACUCGCACAAUGAAGACAAUGACCUUGAUGUUGCAGAGAUUGCCGAUGAAGUCUAUAUGGAAGUGAUUGUUGGUGAGGAGGAUGCUUCGGUAACACAUGAUCAGCAGCUGGAUGAUGCUGAACUGAGCAAGACUUUUAUGCCGGUUGCUUGGGCUGCAGCUUAUGGUAAUAACAUGGGUAACAGCAUGGACGGGGUUGAGCACAGGAACGGCACUGCCAGUGCUCUUCUGCACAUAGAUGAAUCUGAUGGACUGGACAGGCUAGCAAAACAAAAACCAAAGAAGAAGAGGCGAGGAGAAAAUAGGCAAUACCAAACAGCCAUAAUAAUUGGUCCCGAUGGCCAUCCACUUACUGUUUACCCGUGUAUGAUCUGCGGCAAAAAAUUCAAGUCUCGAGGCUUCUUAAAGAGACACAUGAAAAACCACCCCGAGCACUUGACCCGCAAGAAAUAUCGCUGCACGGACUGUGACUACACCACCAACAAGAAGGUGAGCCUGCACAACCAUUUGGAGAGCCACAAAUUGACUGCUGCUGUCAUUAAAACCGAGAAGGAACUGGAAUGUGAUGAGUGUGGGAAGGUGUUCUCGCACUCCAAUGCUUUGUUUGCCCAUAAGUUAACCCACAAGGAUAAAACGGGCAACAAGAUGCAUAGAUGCAAAUUCUGUGACUACGAGACAGCAGAGCAAGGGUUGUUGAACCGUCACCUAAUGGCUGUUCAUAGCAAGAGCUUCCCACACAUCUGUGUAGAGUGUGGGAAGGGUUUUAGACACCCAUCUGAGCUAAAGAAGCACAUGCGCACUCACACUGGGGAGAAGCCCUACUUGUGUCAGUACUGUGACUACAGGUCAGCUGACUCGUCCAACUUGAAGACACAUGUCAAGACGAAACACAGCAAGGAGAUGCCCUUCAAAUGUGACAUCUGCCUUCAGACGUUUGCAGACUCCAAAGACCUGCAAGCUCAUGUCCUCAUGCACCAGGAAAGCAAAAGUCACCAGUGCCUGCACUGUGACCACAAGAGUUCCAACUCUAGUGACCUUAAGCGGCACAUCAUCUCUGUGCACACCAAGGACUAUCCUCACAAGUGCGAAGUGUGCGAGAAGGGCUUCCACAGGCCCUCCGAGCUCAAGAAACAUGAAGCCGCACACCGGGGCAAAAAGGUGCACCAGUGUAGGCACUGUGAGUUCCAGAUUGCUGAUCCUUUUGUGCUUAGUCGGCACAUCCUAUCUGUCCACACAAAGGAGUUGCCUUUCAGGUGUAAACGUUGCCGGAAGGGCUUCAGACAGCAAACAGAACUGAAAAAGCACAUGAAGACUCACAGCGGCAAAAAGGUAUACCAGUGUGAAUAUUGUGAGUACAACACCACCGAUGCGUCUGGGUUUAAGCGCCAUGUCAUCUCCAUUCACACCAAAGACUAUCCACAUCGCUGCGAUUACUGCAAAAAAGGCUUCCGUCGCCCAUCGGAAAAGAAUCAGCACACAAUGAAACAUCAUAAAGAGGCCGCUUUAAUGUGAUCCCAGACAUUGUCCAGAACAGACUGGAACCCCCACCCCCUCCACACACACCCGUUCUUGUAAAAGAGACUUUUUUUUUUUUUUUCCCCUUUAUUUUUUUGUCUUGUUUAUUAUAGCAUUACAGUUCUCUGCCUCACAAAUAGAACUUAUUUUUAUACUCCCGUUCUGCAAUUUGUUUAAUAAAUUAACAGUUGCAAAUCUGAGGCAGGCAAUGUAGCUGCAUCUUUUGAUUCCGGCUUCUGUUCUCUGGUGUUUCGGUCUUUUGAAAAAAAAAAAUGGAAGAGUAGUUUAUCUUUGGAAAAGCUGCUACGUGUUAAUAGUCGAAAUACAUUUUAGCUCGUUAUUACUGCUUAACCCAUAAACAUUAAGUUGCUUGCAUUUCCUUGCCGUUUCGCAGGCCCGAGUGUACUGGGGAGGGUUGUUGAAUUGAACUUUGUUGAAGUGGGGCUUCAUGAUGUAGCAGUAUUUUAUUCUUUUUAAUAAUUAUCAAUGCCUAAUAUUUUAAGACACGCGUCUUUAGGAAAAGUGGGAAAAUUUCGUUUGGUAGCCGGCCCAGUUUUUUUUUUUUUUUUUUUUUUUAAAGCCAUUUUAC